UGGAUAUGUUAAAAAUAAUAAUAAUAAUGUAAACUCAAGGUCAGGAUAGCAAUACCCUGGCACAGACUUCUGAACUGGUUUCACUACUGUUUGGAGCAACCAGGGAAAUGCUUCCUUUUUCCCCCUGAUGUCAGUGAGCAGCAGCUGAAGAAAGGAGAGAAGGAAAGCAGGCUUUCAGAAGAAAAAAAGAAGGGAGGCUUCAAGCCGUGAAGGAUCAAGCUGAUCCCUUCCAAAUCCAAAAGGUCUGAAUUCCAUGACUGAUCUGAGGAGUAAAUCUGACUCCAAAUUCUCUGCUAUCUGCUACCCAAAGUGUCCCAGUAGAAGCAAUAUCUUUCUAAUCCAUCAGAUAAAUUUUUACUCAUGGAAAGAAGACUUCUGAAAAGAGAAAUUAAAAAACUUCUGUGUGAUUAUGUGGGCAUCAGACCGGAAAAUGAAUUUGACCCAAAGGGAAGAAGGCAACUCACCUAUCUAGAUGAAAUGGCUCAUUAUGAUUUGACCAUCAGUGUUGCUUUACAAUGGCUUGGUUACAAAGAAGACCAAAUACAUUUGGAUUGGGAGAAAGUGAAGGUACCAUUCCGUUGCAGGCAUGUAUUUCCAAACCGCCUUGAACGAGAAGCUAUUAUAUUAUCAUUUUAUGCUGGGAUUCUGAUGAACAGUCUCCCAAUUGAAGAAAUCUUUGAAAUUUAUGAUAAUCACCCCUCUGCAAAGAACUGGCCUGGUGCUAAGAAGGUUCCUAGAGCUCAAAACAUUCAUCUUUCAUCACAUCCUUUUGCCAUGCUAACAGCUUCCAAGGCAGUAGAACAUGCUCAGAAACAAAGUAUCAAGUUACGAAGGAGAAUAGCCCAUAGAAAUGCUAUCAAUAGCUCGAUAACAACCAAGGUAAUGGAGCCAAAGUCAGCAAAGAACUCAGAAAAACAGCCAAAGAUAAAAAUCUCUAAGGAAGUUGAAACUUGGAAUCAAGGCAAUGAGAGAAUUGACAACCCAAGACACAAUCAAAAAGCACCAUCUGAGAAGACAAAACCUUGUGCUCCCCUCUUCCCAUAAAUACCAGCUCCAAGUAACACUGGCCCAGCCCCUAGGCUGUACUCUUGUAUUUUCUGCUAUUUUGUUGGUUUUUAGAAAAGUGCUCUUCUGAUUCAGGUUAUUCAAAUAGGUGUGGAUCUGAUCCUGAUCAGUGUUUUCCCAAGAACUGUUGACAAGGCAUAGAACUAGUCUGCUCUGCAGAUAUUCGGUGCUGUGAAGUACAUUUGAAUAGCUUUCCUUCUAAUUACUUGCUGGUUAUACUUGCUUUGUGUCACAGUACAUUUCAACUCCUUGGCACAUUCUUCAAAUGCUGACCUCUGAAUGUUAAGAUACUUAAUUUUCCUAAGUAAAAGUUACAAGUUACAAGUUAUUUCUUUUAGUGUGUUUUAAUGUAGAUAUAUUUAUUUAAUGAUUGUUUAUAAUAAAGUACAUAUCCAACAUA